AUGAACGUCAACGUGAUCCCAAAUAAUAUGGAAAAAUACAUCUCAUUCUCACUGGGUAAAAAUCUGGUCUUCAUAGACUCUAUACAGUUCAUGGCUUCUUCACUGGAAGCACUGGUGAGUAACCUUUCACCUGAGGACUUCAGGAUAGUAGGUAAGAGGUGGAAGGGUGAGGACUUCAAUCUAGUGACACAAAAAGGAGUGUUCCCAUAUGAGUUCCUAGAUGAUAUUAGCAAACUUAAUACAGAAGGUCUUCCGAGUAAGGAUAAGUUCUACUCUUCACUGUAUGAGUCAGAGGUGAAGGAAGAAGAUUACCAGAGAGCUCAGAAAGUAUGGGAUCACUUCAAGAUGAAAACCAUGAGAGACUACCACGAUCUCUACUUGGAGACUGACGUUCUUCUGCUGGCUGAUGUGUUUGAAAACUUCAGGAGAACAUGUCUGGAAAGUUAUGAACUUGACCCCGCACAUUACGUGUCAGCACCUAGUCUGAGUUGGGACGCUUUCCUGAAAAAGUCAGGUGAAGAAAUAGAACUUGUAAGUGAUAUGGAUAUGUUCCAGUUCUUCGAGAAGGGUAUGAGAGGUGGUACAAGUUAUAUUGCUCAUAGACACUCCACAGCUAAUAAUAAGUACAUGGAGACGUACGAUGAGUCGUCUGAGAACAAGUACCUAAUGUACCUCGACGCUAAUAAUUUAUAUGGCUGGGCGAUGUCACAACCACUACCUAAUGGAGAGUUUGAGUGGGUUGAGGAAGUUGAUGGUAUUAAUCUAGAGGAUUACUUAGGAGACAACGAAAGAGGAAUGGUUUUGGAGGUUGACCUGGAAUAUCCACAAGAACUUCACAACCUACACAACGGUUAUCCUCUAGCACCGGAAAGUAAGGAAAUCAGUGCUUCUAUGUUGUCAGAUUAUGCGAAGAGUAUUGCUGAGAAAUUCCAACUGACAAUUGGAGGAGUAAGAAAACUGGUGAAUUCACUAGGACCUAGGAAGAAGUACGUCUUACAUGUACGUAAUCUGAAAUUGUACACAGACCUUGGGAUGAAACUCACGAAGGUCCAUAGAGCGGUUACAUUCAAGCAGUCUCCCUGGCUUAAGAACUAUAUAGACUUCAAUACAAAGAAAAGGUCUGCAGCCCGUAAUACGUUCGAAAAGAACUUCUUCAAGUUGAUGAACAACUCAAUCUACGGAAAGACUAUGGAGAAUCUUAGGAAAAGGGUUGAUGUGAAAUUAGUGUCCUCCAAAGACGACCUCCUAAAACUGACAGCAUCACCUUGCUUCCAGUCACAUCGAAUCAUGAAUGAGAAUCUUAUAGUGGUAAAGAGGAUGAAAGAAGUGCUAACGCUGAAUAAGCCGUGUUACGUAGGAAUGAGCAUCUUAGACUUAUCCAAGACUUUAAUGUACGAUUUCCACUACAACACCAUCAAGAAGGAGUACGGUAAUUGUUCAAGGUUACUGUUCACCGAUACUGACAGUCUGAUGUAUGAACUGAAGACAGAUGAUGUCUAUGAGGACUUCAAGAGGAUCGGUGAGGAGCAGGAUUGCUGGGAUAAUUCAGAUUACCCAAAAGAUUCUCCAUACUACUCAACCCACAACAAGAAGGUUAUAGGUAAGUUUAAGGAUGAAGCUGAAGGAGUACCCAUAAUUGAGUUUGUUGGGUUAAGAUCAAAAAUGUACUCCUAUGUUAAGGAAAAUGGUGGAGGUGGAAUGACUGCCAAAGGAGUUAAAAA